AUGCGUUUGACCUGUGCUGUCACAUCUGAUAUCGACACGUCCAUUUUUUGCUGUGAUGACAGCGACUUUUGCAAUCGACCGCAUUCGACAGAUCGACUGCUUCAACCACCAACACCGCCGUCUAAUUACUUUCCCCUUUCCUCGGUUCCAGCUCUUAACCUCACGCGUACCCCACCGCUGUUCCAAAACGCGGCAUCUGUGCAUCCUACGUCUGAUGCUCGGAUUGACCAUGUGCUGAUUUUUGUGAUUGCCUGCAUUGCCUUAUUGUCCGUGGUCAUUAUUUUCCUACUCCUGUGCGUUUGCCUCAAUCGCAAGGACUACAGCAAAUAUCGUUGCGCUUGCCACCGUUCCGAUCUGGACAACGACGCCCAGUGCUCUGAUUGCAAACGGAAUCUUGGCAUCAUUAUUUCCAAGACCAAUAUGUACAGUCAUGGCAACACAUUGCUGACCUCACUACGCUGUCCUUGUCUUUUUUCGUGCUACGGUAAAAUGUGUCCUGACUCCGCAUCGCAUUUGUCUCAAGUGGAGGCCCUAAAGAAGGCGUCAGUUACUCGUCACAUACUGUCGUUGCCCCAUUCAAGCAGCACGGAUCAACGUCCAAUGGGCUCCGCGGUCAUUGAACCACCACGGAACCAAUUUGCCGGCACAUUGUCCAGUGGAAGCGGGAGUGGGGUGCCAUUUCUUGUGCAAGCGACUGUGGCCCGCGAAAUAUCUCUUCAGGAGUGUAUCGGCAAAGGACGUUUUGGUGAAGUGUGGCGCGGUGUGUAUCGGGGAGAAAAUGUGGCGGUGAAGAUCUUCUCCAGUCGAGACGAGGCGAGCUGGGCACGAGAAACGCACAUUUACAGCAGCAUCCUCCUCAGACAUGAAAAUAUUCUUGGCUAUUACGCCAGUGACAUUACGUCUCGAUAUGGCUGCACCCAAUUGUGGAUUAUAUCCCACUAUCAUCCUUACGGCUCACUAUACGACUUUUUACAAGCCCACGUUGUGGACACUAUAGCUGCGCUGAGAUUGGCCAAAACGGCCGCUGCUGGUCUUUGCUACCUUCACUCCUGCAUCCUCGGGCUUCAGGGAAAACCUGCAAUCGCUCAUCGAGACAUAAAGUCAAAGAAUAUUCUAGUCCAGGCAAAUGGCAUCUGCAGUAUUGGUGACCUUGGACUCGCAAUAAUGCAGACACCUGGAUCCACGGAACUUGAUAUUGGUCGGCCGAACCACAAGGUUGGGACAAAAAGAUACAUGGCACCGGAAAUACUAGCUAAUGACAAUCUCGAAGAAAGCUCUGAAUCUGGCGAAGGGAUUCUGCCUCACGACUUGGAGGUUUCGGCCUUCCUGCACGGCAAAAAUCGGGUGACAGGAUCACCGCCACUGUCCUGUACCCUCGGCUUCGAUUUUGAGGAACUGAAAGCUGCUGACGUCUACGCGUUUGGAUUGGUGCUCUGGGAAAUUUUUCGUCGGUGUAUUACUGAAAAAGGUGAGGUCUACCCAGCUCGAGUACCGUACUGGGACAAAGUGUCAGCCAACCCUAGCUUUGCGGAGAUGCGCGAGGUGGUCCAUGCUAAAGGCGAGAGACCACCCAUCUCAAAACGCUGGCAGACCUCAAAAUUGCUUGCACGCUGUGGCCGUCUAAUGCAGGAGUGCUGGCACCCAGUUCCCGAAGUCCGUUUACCCAUACUGAGAGUUAAAAAAACCCUCGAUGAUGCCUUCCAUGUGGCUGUAAAUGAGGUCGAUGAUGGAGCAGUCCUGUCUCCGGUCGCCGUGGUGUCAGACAUUCGAAGUCAAGUCGAUAGCGGACUCAGUAGUCGAAUAUUGGAUGCAAUAGCCCCCUCACUCUCCCCCGGGGCUUGCCAAGGUGAGCGGGCUGGUGCGGCUUAUCGUCUCAUUUCCUAUUGGUCAAAGGUGGCAGUGCGCUCGUGCGCAGACGGCCACGCGCGUGUUUACGCGAUCUCAUCUGCCAUUUUAGAUUUUGGCGCCGUCGGUGAAGAGAAAACACUUUAA